AUGUCGGACUUUCACAUUCACCCCCAGAGUGCGGUGGUGGAAGAAGGAGGUGUGGCCAGAUUUCAGUGCCAGAUCCAUGGCUUGCCGGAGCCAGUGAUCAUGUGGCAGAAGAAUCACCUGCCGAUCAAUACAGAAAAUGACAGGUACACACUUCUACCGAAGGGGGUCCUGCAGAUCACUGGACUCCGAGCUGAGGACACGGGCAUCUUCCACUGUGUGGCCACCAACAUUGCAAGCAUGAAGUUUAGCAGGGGAGCCAGACUUACUGUGUCAGGUUCCCAUUCUGCUGUCUACAAGGAUCCCAUGAUUCUCGUAGGCCCAGAGAAUCUGACUUUAACUGUGCACCAAACAGCUAUCCUGGAAUGCAUUGCCACUGGAAACCCUCGUCCGAUUGUUUCCUGGAGUCGACUGGAUGGGCGACCCAUUGGCGUCGAAGGGAUCCAGGUCCUCGGGACUGGCAACCUGAUGAUUUCUGACCUGACGGUGCAGCAUUCGGGGAUAUAUGUUUGUGCCGCCAACAAGCCUGGCACAAGAGUGAGACGAACAGCACAAGGGAGGCUGGUGGUGCAAGCUCCUGCAGAAUUUGUGCAACACCCUCAGUCUAUUUCUAGGCCUGUAGGAACCACUGCCAUCUUCACCUGUUUGGCUCAAGGGGAGCCUCCACCACAGAUCACCUGGUUGAAGAACGGACAGAUUCUAGAACCUACGGAGCACGUUAAGCUGAAGAACAACAACAGCACGCUCACGAUCUACAGCAUCAGCCAGGUGGACGAAGCCAUCUAUCAAUGCAUUGCAGAAAACAGUGCGGGCUCUACCCAAGCCAGCGCCAGGUUGACAGUGUUGUGGGCUGAUGGAUUGCCCGGCCCGCCCCAGAAAGUGAAAGCUGCAACAGUUUCCGCAACCACCAUCCAGGUGCUGUGGAGUGAGCCACUGCAGAACACCAAGGAAAUCAUUGGCUACGUGUUACACAUCAGGAAAGCAGCAGACCCCGUGGAGAUGGAAUACCAAGAAGCUGUCAGCAAAAAUACCUUCCAGCAGCUUGUGACUGACCUGGAACCCUCCACAAGCUACAGCUUCUAUAUAAAAGCUUAUACAUCUCGGGGGGCCAGCAAAGCAUCUGAAGUGGUGGCAGUGAGCACACUGGGAGAAGUGCCAGCAGUGCCGUCGCUUUUCAUCAAAGUUCUCAACAGCACUGCCGUUCAGGCCACGUGGGAGCCCUCCAUUAAACUGGGCCAACAUGAAGGGUUCAAACUCUACUACCGCAAAGUUCAUCUUUCCCAUUUCAGUGGCCCCGUGGUUUUGCCUGGCAACGUCAUGUCUUACAACAUUACUCAUCUUGACCCAUCUGUUGUGUAUGAAGUCAAGCUCCUUGCCUACAAUCAGCACGGCGAUGGGAACUCCACGGUCCGUUUUGUAUCCCUUCGAGAGACUGUUGAAAGAACAGGGCUGAAUCCACCAUGCAAUUGCCUGAAAGAUGAACAAACCAACAAGACAUCAGCGACUGGCAUCAUCAUUGGGAUCCACAUUGGAGUCACUUGCAUCAUCUUCUGUGUUCUCUUCCUCAUGUUUGGUUACCGAGGACGGCUGCUGAUGUGCAAAAAUGUCCAGGAGCCGCUGUCGACGCCACAGAUGCCAAGAAGUCAGAGGAACAGGACGGGCCUGGCGCUGAAUGGAUCCGCUCAGAGGGACGAUCCAGACACCAGUGGGAAGCGGCUGGACAUGAAUGAGCUGGAAAGGUUGUUCCCAGCAGCCCCGCCUUCCCCACCCGAUCCACACAAUAAAGGAAUAGCGCUGGAUCACAUUCCUCCUACCUCACAGGAUGAAACCCAGAUAUCGACCCUUCCGCCGGAUGACUUCAGCAUCAUUGAAGAGGAAAGUGACGCCUCCUUUCAAAAUCCGCACUCACAGCAGACCUCUGCUAAAUAUCCUCCAGGAAGAACCAGCUUUGAACCCAGCUCUGACCAAUGAAGGAUAAUUGCCAAGACUUCUGCCAACCAAUUUUUUUUUUCAUAUCUGGUGAUGUCUUUAAAACGACUCAUCAAUCUCAGGUCAAUUUAAGAUUUUUACAGUCUGUUUCUUUUCACGCACGUGCAUACACAUAGAGAGAGCUUUGUGGAAACUCUACAAAGUUCAUCUUUCUAACCUGCCUCAGGCGUCUUAGUACAUUCCUUCCCAUCUGGAUUUCAGCGGUUCAUCCUAGAGCUGCCGGAUCUGUGGCUUCCUCUCGGCCCCCUUGCGAGCCACCUGUUCAACACUGAAGGCAGUAAGGAUCAGUGGUGGUCUUGUUUAAUCCAUGUUGGCAGCUUCAGGAUGACGACUCUGGAGAUCCACUUUUGUAACGUGUUGAGAUGACUGGUUACGAUGGACC